GAGAGAAACAAAGAAAAAAAAAAAAAGAAAAAAAAAAGGAAAUGUCAACCACCUUGCCGCCAAAGGGCGAUGCGAGCGUGGCUGGUGCCUCGCAGCCCGACCGAAUCACCGACCAUGACCUGUUGGGUGGCGGAGACAGCGACGGCAAGCCCGAGGUCGAGCACCACUCUGGAGACGUGACUUCGGCCGCAGAAUUGACGCCCGAGGAGCUCGAGCUGGAAAAGAAGCUCAAGAAGAAGAUUGACACGCUCAUCAUGCCGUUGGUGGUGCUAGUCUAUCUGAUGAACUAUAUCGAUCGCAACAAUUAUGCCGCAGCCAGGCUCCAAGGCCUCGAGACGGACCUCAAUCUCAGCGACUCGCAGUACCAGCUCGGGCUCUCCAUCCUCUUUGUUGGUUACAUCCUCGCUCAGGUGCCGUCCAACAUGCUGCUCAACUACAUGGGCCGCCCGUCGCUCUACCUGGGUCUCUUCACCAUGCUCUGGGGGUCCGUGUCUGCCCUGACCUCGCUGGUCAAGAGUUUUGGACAGAUCGUCGCGUGCAGGUUCAUCCUCGGCAUGGUCGAGGCGCCCUUCUUCCCGGGCGUGCUGUUCUACCUGUCCAAGUGGUACACCAAGUCGGAGCUGAACCUGCGCAUGUCCAUCUUUUACUCUGGGUCCCUGAUCUCGGGUGCAUUCGGCAAUCUGAUUGCAGGAGGGAUCCUGAGUGGGUUGGGGAACUCGCACGGUUUGUCUCCGUGGCAGUGGCUGUACAUUAUUGAAGGCGUCAUCACCGUCGCGGUCGGCUUCCUCCUCAUCUUUGUGCUCCCCGACUUCCCCGACACCUGGAAGGGGCUGUCGCCAGAGCUCAAGCAGAUCGCCAACCGCCGCCUGGCCAUCGAGGCGGCGCAGGCCGACGUGGACGAGGCCGGCGGCAUGAGCCAGCUCAAGGGCUUCAAGCUGGCCAUGAUGGACCCUUGCACCUACGUCCUGGCCCUCUCGUACAUGUGCGCGACCGGCACGGCCGGCUUCCAAAACUUCUUCCCCACCCUCACCAGCACCUUUGUCGCCGGCGACGACCGGGUCAAGGCCCUGCUGCUCUGCGCGCCGCCCUACCUGUUCAUCACGGUCGGUUCGCUGGUCCACUCUGUCUUUUCCGACCGGGUUGGGAACCGGUUCUGGUUCUACAUGUACCCCAUUCCAGUCACCAUUGUCGGCUUCCUCAUCUUCAUGUUUGUCGACGACUCCAACUUUGGCGCAAAGUACUUCUCGCUCUUCCUCAUGGUGGUCGUCUUCAACAUGAACGGCACCACCUACGCCUGGAUCGCCAACGCCAUCCCCCGCCCGCCCGCCAAGCGCGCCGCCGCCUUUGCCUUUAUCAACAGCAUCGGCAACUCGGCCAGCAUCUGGACGCCCUUUACCUACCGCCAGAAGGACUUCCCCUCGUACAAGCUGGCCAUGGGGAUCAACAUUGGUCUGCAGGCGGUGGCGGCCGUGUGUGGUGUGCUGAUGUGGUACAUCCUGACCAGCCGGAACAAGCAGCUGGAGAGGAUGGAGAAUGAGGACUCGGAGCUCAGCGGCAAGGACUUGGCUGUGCUGCAGAAGACGGCCGAUCUGGCUGGUGUCGACAUUACGACGGCGAGGAGGCAGCAGAAGGGGUACAGGUACAUGAUUUGAAGAUGUACGAUGUACCUGUUGACGUGCUAUGAGACAUUAGACUAGCUG